UUUUUAUCAUACCUAUAAUAAUUAUAUAUCACAACAUUUAAUUUAGUAUUGCGUAAAUGUAAUUGAAGUGAACAGCAUUCUUAUGUUAAUUAAAAAGCUUACUAAAGUACACAUGCUCUUAAGUAAAUUGAUAAAAUAUGUUUUAUUAUUUGUUCAUUAAGUCUACCUGUGCAGUGUUGUUUGUUUAUACAAAUUAUACAACUACAAAAUGCAUGCUGAAUAAUGAAGGAAAUAUGUAUAUGGAUAUGAAUCAAACUCAAAAAUAAUAACUGUACGUGUCGAAAUUCGAGGACCAUGAUUAGACAAGAUAAAUUCCAUCAAAUGAUUGUUUAUAUGAUUGAUAUGCAGUUACUUCAAACGAGAAUUGUUGAACUUCGACAGUUUUUAAAAGGAUAAAAGACUAAUUAAUUCGUUUGAAAUUCCUGAAAUAAUCUUCAUAAAUCAUGAAGUUACUAGAGAGUUCACGUUUUGAAGCAAUCAACAACGCACUUUCUAUAAAAACAAGUGGAAUCACGAUCUUUGGCCGCAUAGAAAGUUACUCAUGCAAAAUGGUUGCAGCUGAAAAAGUAUUGUAUAAACGUUUUACAGCAGAUAUGCAUGGGCAUGAUCUUCAAGCGCUGUCACCACCCCAAACUUUGACAGACUUUUCGCCUAACUUUGGCCGAAAUAACAGUCAAUCUGGAGAUGAAGGCAUUACUCUUUGUGAUACUAUUUCUAGAAAGACAUUGUUUUAUUUAAUUGCAACUUUAAACGCAUCGUUUGAACCCGAUUACGAUUUUUCAGAAGCUAAGUCCCAUGAAUUUAGUAAGGAGCCAUCAUUGCAAUGGGUUAUGAAUUCAAUAAAUUCAAAUCUAUCAGCAUUAGCUGGUGAUCAAUAUCAAGUUAUUCGCCAGCCAUUAUGGUCUGCCGUUGAUGACGAAGUAAUUUUAUCAGAAUGUGACAUAUAUAGUUAUAAUCCAGAUCUGAGUUGCGAUCCUUUUGGAGAACCAGGAUGUUUGUGGUCGUUUAAUUACUUCUUUUAUAACAAGAAACUAAAACGGAUUGUAUUUUUUACAAGUCGUGCAGUAAAUUCUCUUUAUGCGGGGGAAACCCCCGAUUUUUCCAUGGAAGAAGAUGUGUAUUAGGAAAGUAUUUUCACACAUAAUAAAUCUGUACACAAAUAAAAUGCAACAUAACAACAUGGAUUGGACAAGCUUGUGCGAUUUUGAGUUGUUAUUUUCACCACAUCUCUCCGUAGUUUAAAAAAACUUAAAAAAUACAUAUUUAUAAUAAAAAGAUUAUGUUAUAAUAAGAAUAAUAAUAAAAGCUUAUAUUUCAA